UUUGCUCGGGGCCUACUCUUCGGACAUGCACAUUUCCACUCAGCGACACUCCCGUGGGACCAAGCUACGGAAGCUGAUCCUCUCAGAUGAGCUGAAGCCAGCUCACCGAAAGAGGGAGCUGCCCUCCUUGAGCCCAGCCCCUGACACAGGGCUGUCUCCCUCUAAAAGGACUCACCAGCGCUCUAAGUCAGAUGCCACCGCCAGUAUAAGUCUCAGCAGCAACCUGAAACGAACAGCCAGCAACCCCAAAGUGGAGAAUGAGGAUGAGGAGCUCUCCUCCAGCACCGAGAGUAUUGAUAACUCAUUCAGUUCCCCUGUCAGACUAGCUCCUGAGCGAGAAUUCAUCAAGUCCUUGAUGGCGAUCGGCAAGCGGUUGGCCACGCUCCCCACUAAGGAGCAGAAAACACAGCGGCUGAUCUCAGAGCUCUCCCUGCUUAACCAUAAGCUCCCUGCCCGAGUCUGGCUGCCCACUGCUGGCUUUGACCACCACGUGGUCCGCGUGCCCCACACCCAGGCUGUUGUCCUCAACUCCAAGGACAAGGCUCCCUACCUGAUCUAUGUGGAAGUCCUUGAAUGUGAAAACUUCGACACCACCAAUGUCCCCGCCCGGAUCCCUGAGAACCGAAUCCGGAGCACACGGUCCGUAGAGAACCUGCCCGAAUGCGGCAUCACCCAUGAGCAGCGGGCAGGCAGCUUUAGUACUGUGCCCAACUAUGACAACGAUGAUGAGGCCUGGUCUGUGGACGACAUAGGCGAGCUGCAGGUGGAGCUCCCUGAAGUGCACACCAACAGCUGUGACAACAUCUCCCAGUUCUCUGUGGACAGCAUCACCAGCCAGGAGAGCAAGGAGCCUGUGUUCAUUGCAGCAGGGGACAUCCGACGGCGCCUUUCGGAGCAGCUGGCUCACACCCCCACAGCCUUCAAACGAGACCCAGAAGACCCUUCUGCAGUUGCUCUCAAAGAGCCCUGGCAGGAGAAAGUGCGGCGGAUCAGAGAGGGGUCUCCCUAUGGCCAUCUCCCCAAUUGGCGGCUCCUGUCAGUCAUUGUCAAGUGCGGGGAUGAUCUUCGGCAGGAGCUGCUGGCCUUUCAGGUGCUGAAACAGCUGCAGUCCAUUUGGGAACAGGAGCGAGUGCCGCUGUGGAUCAAGCCAUACAAGAUUCUUGUGAUUUCGGCUGACAGUGGCAUGAUUGAACCAGUGGUCAACGCUGUGUCCAUCCACCAGGUGAAGAAACAGUCACAGCUCUCCUUGCUCGAUUACUUCCUUCAGGAGCAUGGCAGUUACACCACUGAGGCAUUCCUCAGUGCCCAGCGCAAUUUCGUGCAAAGUUGCGCUGGCUACUGCUUGGUCUGCUACCUGCUGCAAGUCAAGGACAGACACAAUGGGAACAUCCUUUUGGACGCAGAGGGCCACAUCAUCCACAUUGACUUCGGUUUCAUCCUGUCCAGCUCUCCCCGAAACCUGGGCUUUGAGACGUCAGCCUUUAAGCUGACCACAGAGUUUGUGGACGUCAUGGGCGGCCUGGAUGGUGACAUGUUCAACUACUACAAGAUGCUGAUGCUACAGGGGCUGAUUGCUGCUCGGAAACACAUGGACAAGGUGGUGCAGAUCGUGGAGAUCAUGCAGCAAGGUUGUCGCCGUUGCUCAGGAGCACCCCUGUCUGGCCCCAUGACGACGGUGGCCCAGGUCAUCUGUUCUCAGCUCCCUUGCUUCCACGGCUCCAGCACCAUCCGCAACCUCAAGGAGAGGUUCCACAUGAGCAUGACCGAGGAGCAACUGCAGCUGCUGGUGGAGCAGAUGGUGGACGGCAGCAUGCGGUCCAUCACCACCAAGCUCUACGAUGGCUUCCAGUACCUCACCAACGGCAUCAUGUGACACCCUCUCAGGCCCCAUGGGAAAUGGAAGGCAAGAAAUACAAAGGAUCAUGUGGUGACUGGAGAGCUUGCCAGGGGAGAGCCAGCUGUGGGGUCCAGGCUUGCUGGGGAUGCCCUGCCCCCUGCGGUGUCAGUAUUACCACCUGAGGGACCCCAGGACUAACUGCCCCCCAGAGGAGAGAGGUGACAAAUGUGAGGCCGCUGGGCCUUUCUUCUCGACAGGGUCCAAGAGGUUCUUUCCACAGGCAUCUUCUUAGUCUGUUCUGGGUCCCAGGAAGGGGAGAGUGGGUUCUUGGUACUUACAAUUCGAUCCUGUGGUCCACCUUUGGCCAUGCUGCUGCCUGACUGUUCCUCCCAGGACUGACUCCUAGCCUGAGGUCCCCUUGGCAUGUGGGCUCUAGCACAGGGUCCUGCCCUUGCUGAGUCCCCAUCACAGAGACCAGGAGGGUUCUCACAACCCCUCGCCUACUGAGGGAACUGGCCUAGCCACAGGGAAUUCCUUGCCCUGAUCCCUUCCCACAUCCAGGGAAAUAGCUCUCAAUUUUUUAAUUUUUGUUUGAAAUAAAGUCCUUAGUUAGCCAUG